UGUACGCUUGCUUGCAUUUGGAGAGAGAUCGGUUGUCAUACUUGUUGGGCAUUCCAUUCAAAGGUGUUUAUUUAUAGCCCUCAGCCACGAUCCCGCUUUAUCUGGACCUUUGCUAUUGUGGCACAGAGAGAGCGAUUGUGUUACUGCUUUAUUCACCAAACUACUCGGUGCAUUGUACAAGACAACAAACCGAUCAAUGGGAAAUUACAAAUCAAGACCAUCGCAGACAUGCACAGACGAGUGGAAGAAGAAGGUGGCAGAGUCGUACUCUGUGAUCAUUGAGAGGUUGGACGAUGACCUCAAACUCAAAGACAGUGAGCUUGCGGACCUCAACCUCGCUUUUGGCUCUGAUGAGGCUUUUCAGAAGGUGAAUUUGAGCUACCGCACAGAGAAGGGGCUGUCGCUGCUACAUCUCUGCUGCGUAUGUGGAGGGAACAAGACUCAUAUCCGCACCCUGAUCCUUAAAGGCCUGCGUCCUUCCAGACUGUCGAGGAGCGGGUUCACUGCGCUCCACCUGGCUGCUUACAUGGACAAUGCUGAGCUGCUGACAGAACUUCUUCACGGAGGGUCAGAUGUGCAGCAGCUGGGCUACGGAGCACUCACUGCUCUGCAUGUUGCUACACUGGCCGGGAACCAAGAGGCCGCAGAUAUUCUCCUGCAGAAUGGAGCUUGUGUGAAUGUCCAAGAUGCUGUGUUUUUCACUCCACUGCAUAUUGCUUGCUACUGUGGCCAUGAGCAGUUAGCAAAGCUGAUGCUAAAAUUUGGAGCAGAUGUGAAUAUGGGUGGUGAGGUGGGAGACCGGCCUCUGCACCUGGCCGCUGCCAAGGGUUUCCUCAGCAUCAUGAAAGUGCUGAUGGGGGAAGGAAGCAAAGCUGAUGUGAAUGCCCAGGACAACGAAGACCACGUCCCUCUUCACUUCUGCGCUCGUUUCGGUCACCAGGAGAUUGUGCGUUUCCUCCUGCAAGGCAACUUUGAAAUACAGCCGCACUCUGUCAACAUCUACGGGGACACACCGUUACACUUGGCCUGCUACAACGGGAAAUUCACAGCAGCCAAGGAACUCGUACAACUUUCUGGUACAGAAAGUUUUUCUAAGGAGAACAUAUUUAGUGAGACAGUACUUCACAGUGCAUGCACCUAUGGUAAAGACCUGGAGAUGGUGAAGUUCUUGUUGAGUCAGAGUGCUAUGAGCAUCAACCAUCAGGGCAGAGAUGGACACACAGCUCUGCACAGUUCCUGUUUCCACGGCCACAUCCGUCUGGUGCAGUUUUUGCUGGACAGUGGUGCAGACAUGAACCUGGUCGCCUGCGACCCAAGCAGGUCCAGUGGGGAGAAGGACGAGCAGACGUGCCUCAUGUGGGCAUAUGAAAAAGGUCACGAUGCCAUUGUCACCUUACUGAAGCACUACAAACGUCCAGAUGACUCUCCCUGCAAUGAGUACUCGCAGCCAGGAGGGGAUGGGUCCUACGUUUCUGUCCCGUCUCCUCUGGGAAAGAUCAAAAGCAUGACGAAAGAGAAAGCAGACGUUCUCCUGCUCAGGGUCAGCCUUCCAUCCCAUUUCCACCUUCAGCUGUCUGAGCUGGAGUUCAACGAAAUUAUUGGAUCAGGCUCCUUCGGAAAAGUCUAUAAAGGCAAAUACCGGAACAAAAUUGUGGCCAUAAAACGCUAUCGCGCUAACACAUACUGCUCCAAGUCAGAUGUGGACAUGUUCUGCAGAGAGGUCUCCAUCCUCUGUCGCCUCAAUCACCCCUGCAUCAUUCAUUUUGUGGGGGCGUGUCUGGACGAUCCCAGCCAGUUUGCCAUUGUGACCCAGUACAUCAGUGGAGGCUCACUGUUCUCGCUGCUGCACGAGCAGAAGAGGCUCAUCGACCUGCAGUCCAAGCUAAUCAUUGCCAUCGACGUGGCCAAGGGCAUGGAGUACCUGCACAACCUCACUCAACCCAUCAUUCACAGGGACCUCAACAGCCACAAUAUUCUGCUUUAUGAGGACGGACACGCUGUGGUGGCUGAUUUUGGAGAAUCCAGAUUUUUACAAUCUGUAGAUGAGGAUAACAUGACCAAGCAGCCAGGGAACCUUCGAUGGAUGGCUCCGGAGGUGUUCACCCAGUGCACUCGCUACUCAGUGAAGGCGGACAUGUUCAGCUAUGCCCUCUGUCUGUGGGAGCUGCUAACGGGAGAAAUUCCGUUCGCUCACUUGAAACCAGCUGCAGCAGCAGCAGACAUGGCGUACCAUCACAUCCGGCCUCCUGUUGGCUAUUCCAUCCCUAAACCCAUCUCUGCUCUUCUGAUGAGGGGCUGGAACUCAUGUCCAGAGGACAGGCCUGACUUCUCCGAAGUGGUUUCCAACCUGGAGGAAUGCUUGUGCAAUGUUGAGCUGAUGUCUCCCGCCUCCAGUAACAGUAGCGGCUCUCUGUCACCCUCCUCCUCCUCUGACUGUCUCCUCGGGCGAGGAGGACCUGGCCGGAGCCACGUGGCCGCCCUUCGUUCUCGCUUUGAGCUCGAGUACGCUCUAAACACUCGUGCCUAUGCCUCUUGGACUCAGAGCGAGCAACGGCGAGCAUCUGGAGGCCUCUCACUGGAGGAACUAAGGAGGAAUAUGCAGUUUCCUCCCAUUGAUCGAAAUGGAUAUGUGUCCGACCCCAUGAGCACCAUGAGAUUCUGCUCUUCCUUCAGCAGCAGCGGCAGCUUCGAGGACAGUAACUAACACCCACUGCUCUUUAUUAUGGCUUUAUUUAUUCAGAUAUUCAUCAAAUAGGUUUGAAAUUGAAUUUACACUUGUAUAAAUAUACGGCAGGAGUGUUAGAUACAUUGCUAAAUGUUAACUCAUUCGCUGUUGUGUAAGGAUAGGUUGUUUGUUAGUUUACGUGGUAUGUUCUUCCCAACAUGUCCAGUCUUUUAUGAUAUGUUUUGUAAACUUUUCAAUACUGAGAUGAAGCUUCUAGGUCCUGUUUUAAAUAUAAUUAAAGAAGUGUGUGUAUUGA